AUGAACGAUAUACACUGGGAGCAGGGGUCUGAUGAUGUUCUCACUACCCUGAAAGAUGAGCCAUUGGACGACGACUUCCGUCUCGAGGACAUCAAGGAAGCUCCAUUGACGCCGGUACCGAGUAGCAAUGGACCGUCGUCGGCACAGCCCAAGGCUAAAAGACCUCGUGGACGGCCGAGGAAGCACCCCCUUACACCAAUUGUUCCCACGAACAAAGUCACAAAGGGCCGAUCGAAGACAGGAUGCAUCACAUGCCGUAAGCGGAAGAAGAAGUGUGAUGAGGCAAAACCACGAUGCAUGAAUUGCGAGAAGAACGCAGUCGUUUGUGAAGGGUAUCCUGAGAAGCAAAUCUGGAAAAGCGGCAAGGAGAAGGCAGAAGAAGGUAUGGACUGCAUCGCUGCGUCUAUCGUCGGCGUCGCUGACUUCGAGCCAGAGCGCAUGAAGACCUCCGGGCCACUCCCGGUCAUCACCAUGCAGCCCAUCUUCAAUGGUCUCGAGAACACAGAAGACAUGAUCUUCUGGAAGCAUUACAAUGACCAUCUCAGCGCUGUGCUCACAGUAGAGGGCGAACAUAAGAACGCCUUCAAAGACAUGCUCAUUCCUCUCGCAACCAAGCACCAGGGCCUUAUGCACUCCAUCCUUGCAUUGUCUAGCAAGCAUAUUGAUUUCGAGACGCCAUACGGGCUUAACAUUCUAAAACGGACGCCAAGCACAAGCCUGGAGGCACUACAGCAGCGGUCGGAUUAUCACCACGAAAAAGCCAUGGAGAAACUCUACGCCGACAUUGCUCGACAGGACCAUGCCGACCGUGACGAUCCUGAAUAUAAGACGAUGCUAUCGGCCCGCUAUGGCCAAAUGCUGUGCCUGCUUCUGGAGUCCCUGGCUGAGGGCAACCCUAGGGGAGAGCAUCGAGUGCACUUACAGGCAUAUCAGACACUCAUACAGCACUCCCCGCCGGAAGACCCAGCCUUCUUAACCUUCAUAUCUGAAUUCUUCCAGUAUCAUAUUUUUGCUGAUGAACUGAUCCGGUACCCCGACAUCCAGACUGCUCGACUCGCGUCUGAGGACUGGGUUCCAAUAGUACCGAUUCAUCCACCGCGUCUGCUUGGUGUUGCUGAUGGCCUUUUCAACCAUUUAUGCCAGAUCACCUCUGUGCGCAACACCAUCCGGGCUAAUAUGGCUGCCCAUGUCGACCCUGUAGUGGACUAUACGAGCCUGUACCGCGCCGCCGAGAUCGAUGCUGCUAUCCGCGACUGGACGCCACAGUGGCCACCUGGAGACAGCCGGGACCGGGUUGGAUUGCUAUAUAAACAGAUGAUGUGGGUGUAUCUGUUCCGCACUAUCUACCCGCCCUCGUCCUCGACGAACCAGUCAUCGCUGUCAAACUCGUCGACCUCCCUACCCAUGUUGCCAGGGUCCCAGUAA